AAAAAAAUAGAUUUUAAUAAAAAUCCUAAAAACAGGGAAAAUAAUAUGAUUAGCACCAAUUUUAUCAUUUCCAUUGGAUUUUCAACAAAGACUUUGGGGUAUAGAGGAAUUAGAGCGGUUUUUAAGCGAUGUCUAGGAGGAAUGAUUCCAAUCAACAAAGAAUAUAUUAUUCAAUGGACAAAUACGCGAAGAAAUAAGAAAAAUCUUUUUUAUGACUUCCACCGUUUUAACUCGUCAAAAUCUACAUCAAGGUCUACAAAAGCAAAUCAGGAAUUAAAAGCACUUCCUACACCCUCACGCAUGGGAUAUUCUCCAUGGAUUGCGUUUAUUAAGGAGAAGUUUAAACAAAUGACGGGAAAUGGGAAGGAAAUUAUGAAACAAUGCUCUUCUAUAUGGAAAAAUAUGUCUCAAGAAGAACGACAGACUUAUAAGGAUAUUUCAUCAGAAAGUAGAUUACAAGCAUCACGUACAUACAUGAAUUGGAUCAAUUCGUUAUCUCCAAAAGAAAUUAUGAAAGAAAAUCAUAUCAGAAAUCAAUUACGUAAACAGGGGAAGAAAGGUAUAACGUUUAUUAAAGAUCCUCGAAAGCCUAAACGUCCUCUGUCUGCUUUUCUUUUUUUCUGUGCUUAUGCAAGAUCAAGCCCUGAUUUUAUAGAGAAAUAUACAGAAGGAACAACAAAAAUUACUGAACAAACUAAGAUAUUAGCGAAGAAAUGGGCACUUAUGGACGAUUUUGAAAAACAAGAAUUUAUUAACUCUUCAAUAAAUGAUAAAGAGCGUUAUCAAAAGGAAUUAGAAAUUUAUUAUAAGCUAUAA